CGAGCUCAAGACCGACCCCACCAAAAAUAACCGACAGCAGUCAAGGAAGCAUCCCACAGCCUCCCACCACCAACGACGGCGACACAAUGGAACACGAUACCAAAACCCCGCAAUACCUCACCUCGGACCGGAGCUCCUUCGCCUUCACGUCCGCCCGAUCGCGAUGGCCCGUCAUCUUGACUGGAGCGAUAGAUGAUGUGCAUCGCGCUGUCAGCGCGCUGGAGCUGUCGCAAGCGGACAAGCGGGAGGAGGGCAAGCGGAUCGUGGAGGCGGUUGGGGCACUGAAGUAUGAGGUUCUGCAUGAUCGGGCGAUGACGCCGCUGGAGGACGAUGGAGGCAGCGAUAUCGAGGAGUAUAACAGGGAGCUAGCGGCGUUGGGGGAGACGACGUGGUUACACGCCCCGUGGCUGUUUUCGGAAUGCUAUCUCUACCGCCGCAUCGCAACCCACCUCGCGCGCUCCACGCACUGGAAACAACACGACGUCUUCGCGCGGCAAAAGAUCUCGACCUUCCGGUCCUCUGGCCCCGCCGUGCUCGAGCUAGCCACGCGCUACAACGCCAUCCUCAGCGACCUCGCGCGCACCACGCCCUCCGCCGAGGCCGCAUCGCUCGUCUUCACCGAGAUCGCCGAGAUCAGCCUGUGGGGCAACGCGACGGACCUGUCGCUGCUGACGUCGCUCUCCUAUGCCGACAUCCAGAAGCUCCAGGGCUCCGAGGCGCGCAAGGCCGCCGAGAAGCACAUCCUCGUCAACGACCUGCACGCCGCGUACGAUGUGCUCCUCAAGGCGCAGGCCGCGGGCGGCGAGCGCACGGUUGACAUCAUCCUCGACAACGCGGGCUUCGAGCUGUUCGCCGACCUGCUGUUGGCCGGGUACCUUCUCGCGACGGGCCUCGCGACAAGCGUGACGCUGCACCCGAAAUCCAUCCCCUGGUUUGUCUCCGACGUUGUGCCUGCCGACUUCGCCGCUCUGCUCUCGGCGCUGCACGACCCGCGCGCCUUCUUCGAGACGGCCUCGGAGGAGGAGGAGCGCGAGGGCACCGCGCCCGCGCGGCUGGCGGAUGACGAGGUGGCGGCGCUCGAGGCGCUGUUCGCGCACUGGAGCGGGCUGCACGCCGAGGGCACGCUGCGCAUGCGCCCCAACGCCUUCUGGACGGCUGGGGGCAGCUUCUGGCGCCUCCCGACGAGCGCGCCGCGGCUGUAUGAGGACCUGAGGGAGAGCACGCUCGUGGUGUUCAAGGGGGAUUUGAAUUAUCGCAAGCUCGUUGCCGACGCGGCGUGGGCGCCUACGACGGCGUUUGCGGAGGCGCUGGGGCCGAUGGGAAGGGGGUCGGGGGUUGAUCUGCUGUCGUUGCGGACGUGUAAGGCGGAUGUGGUAGUUGGGUUGCCGGAGGGGAAGGAUGAGGAGUUGCGGGCUGAGCAGGGCGAGGGGGAGGGCAGGCGGUGGGCGUGGAGUGGGAAGUGGGCUGUGGUGAGUUUUUCGGGGGGGAAGAAGGGGGAGUGAUUGAGUGGGAGAGUGCUGUUAUUUUCGAAAUAGAGAUCGAGAUAGAGAGGGAGGAGGGAAGGCGAAAGAGUGAGGCCAUCAAGGGCUGGCCACAGAUAAUGAAAACCCCUAUUGCCUAGCACCACCAAGGACCGUGCUCCACCUAGCUUUCACAUGCGCACCUCCAACGGUCACGUCGGGCCCUCUCCCCUGGCAGAGCAAGGCCCAUCCAUCCCCUCUCCCCCUGCAGCCGCCACCUGUCGGCGACCCUCAGCGAUCCGAGUCCGGGGGAGAUUGCGAGGAGCGGGCCCUGGUUUGGGGGAGAUUGCGAUGGGCGGUUGUGUCAAGGACCUUGCGUUGGAGGGAUCGCCCCGUAGUACGCCCACCAUCGAGACUUGCAGAUUGUGGAUGAGGUAGAUGAGGGGGGGGGUAUAUAAAUAGAUGGGG